AUGUCGGCGUCGGUGUUUGUGGGACUGUGUCACAUAGUGGGGACCUCUCAACAGGUGGCCAUAAGGAGAGAUAUGGUUGAUAUUGAGGAUAUUUUGUCAAAUCAAGCCAGUAUUAAUUCAUUCUCUAGAAUGGAAAGCGGAAGUCACAGAGAAGGAUUCAGAAUAAAAGGAUCAGACAGAGACAUUAUGUUCUGGACAAAUAACAACCAAGUCAUCUGGGACAUAUCUCAGACUCGGCAUUACAACAGACAAAAAUACACAAUAAUUCUCUGUGACUGUUCCGAUAGUCCUCCAGGAUACUGUUUACUUCAGCUUUUGAUUCCACAGACCAUAAUAACAUUAUCAGACACUGAAGAGAUAAUAGCCAUCGAUACGGUUACACAGUCAGCACUUUUUGGAAGGAAUGAUAGCCUUUUUAUAUCUAGUUCUCUAUACAGAGAUGCUAUGCGUCCAUUAUUUGCUCCUAGCUUAACUCCACAUGGACCCUGCGCUGGUGGAAUUAUUUCUGGAAGAGAAUAUGAUAUUGCCUACUGUUUUGCCUGUGACUUUUGGCCUCCAGUUGCUGCAUCUUGGAUUGACAGAUGUCAAUCAUGGCCCAAGCCUCAUGUUGUAUGGGACAUAAUCAAAAGUGGAUGUCACUUUGUAGCAACUGGACAUAAACUGGGCAAUUAUAUAGACCAUGAAUGGCGAAUUUCUUUCUCCCGGGCAGAACAGAUACUUGUGUAUUCAAUGAACCACACUCAGUUCCUAACUUAUGGAUUGCUGAAAUUGAUUUUAAAGGAAGUCAUUAACAAAGGAUUAGGAGAAGAGGAUAAACUACUAUGUUCCUAUCACAUGAAGACGGCCGUUUUCUGGGUAAUUCAACGAAAUACAAUACCUCACUGGUGUCCACAAAAUAUCCUGUUGUGUUUUUGGGAGUGCUUCAAACUAAUCCUAAAAUGGAUUUAUGAAGGGGUCUGCCCUAACUUUUUUGUUCCACAAAAUAACAUGUAUCUGAGUAGUAUCCAUGGUGAUAAGCAAACCCAAUUGUUCAUUAGGCUGUAUGCGUUGUAUGAGAAGGGUUUGAUAUCACUGCUACACAUUCCCUCCCUCUGGCCCUAUGUUUUAAAAUUCCUUCAUAACCCAAGACUCUCCAUUUCUACAGAUGAAGGCAACUUACUCCCUGAGUAUAAAUUUUAUUCAACCUUAUUUGAAUGCAUAUCUUGGGGAGGUAUACCUGAAAAAGCCAACCUGUUUGACUGUAUGAAAUGCCUACGAGCUGUAGAACAGUUGAUAAAUACGCCCUUGACGCCAUAUCAUGUUGUCUCCUUACUGGGACACACAAACGCCAUCCUCCAUGACAUUGCCUUUUUAUUAAACAACAUGUACAUCAAAAUUUGUCGAAACAAAAUGUUUUAUAUUGUUGACAGAAUGUCCCAUCGCCUGCUGAAAUUAACAUGCAAGUUUGGUUUCACUUCUGAUAUGGUGUAUAUGGCCAUGUAUUACUACAAGACAAUGAGAUUUGUGGACGCAUUACUUGUUAUAGAAACGACAAUAGUCAUACAGUCACAUAAAGCGAAUCAAUCUUAUACUCCAUCUCGGCACACCGAAAUUUCUAGAGGGCAGUCCCUGACUUCAAAAAUUAGAUUCUUUACAAGUGGAAAUACCUAUCUUAACAAUAAAAUCUGUUACAUCAAUGAAUUAUUGCCUGAACAACAGUCUUGUAUACAGGAGAGACAGGCUCUGUUGGUUAUCCCUGAACUCAUACUCUUGCAUAUGCUGGAGAUCUUGUGCUACCUCCAUGUUGAUGUGUCAAAAGUUCAUACAGCGCUGUGUAAUCUCCAGCAACUAGUCCACCAUCCUGAGAAGAUAUCCAUGCCGAAAGAUCAAGAAGACAUAUCAUGGCAGAUCCUAGGGAUCUGUUACCAGGUCACAGGGAAUCCACAGGCGGCUCUUUACGCGUACCAACAGUCACUAUCACGAGAAUCAUAUAAUAAAAUAGAGAAUGCUACACUUUUAAGAAUACAGAGUAUCCUUCGGUGA